AUGGGCAAACGAAGAGCCCAAGCCAAGCCAAAGAAGGCUGCCCCAAAGACAAAGGUUCCGCCAAAGGCUUUGCCCGUCACAUUGCUUUCAGGAUUCUUGGGUUCUGGCAAAACCACUCUCUUGCAGCACAUCUUGAAGACUGAGCAUGGCCUCCGGAUCGCUGUCGUCGUCAAUGACAUUGGAGCCAUCAACGUCGACGCUUCCCUGAUUAAACAAACCCACCGAAUCAAUAAGACACAAGAAAAGGUCAUCGCUCUUCAGAAUGGAUGCAUCUGCUGUACCCUCCGCGGGGAUCUCCUCGAAGAACUUGUCCGACUUGCUCAGCUACAAGAGUUUGACUACAUUAUCAUCGAGAGCAGUGGCAUCUCUGAACCUGAACAAGUGGCCGAGACAUUCGACUCGCGCCUAGCCGAGCAGAUGGACGCCAUGGGAAGCCUCGAAGGUGAACCUGGUCUUGACGAAGACAUGCGUAGAGUUCUGAACCAACUGAAAGAGGCUGGUGGCCUGGAAAAGUUUGCGCGUCUCGAUACGACCGUGACAGUCAUCGAUGCCUUCACCAUGAUGAACGACUUCGACACAGAUGACCUGCUGUCCAACCGUCGUGAUGAUGUUACUCCAGAGGACGAGCGCACUGUAUCCGAUUUGAUGGUUGACCAGAUCGAGUUCGCCGAUGUCAUCGUUCUCAACAAAACUGAUAUGGUCAAUAAGAGCGCAAAGGAAAGCAUUCUAGAUCUGGUCAAGAAGCUCAACCACCGCGCCAAGAUAAUCGAGGCCAGCUACGGCAAGGUCGAUGUCAAGGAGCUUGUCAACACCGGCAUGUUCAAUCUUCAAGUGGCUCAGACUGGCUAUGGCUGGCUCCAAGACCUGCACGCGAUGACAGUGCGAGAGGUCAACGGCAAGAAUGUGGUCACUCCCAAGCCGGAAACAGAGGAGUACAACGUCCGCAGCUGUAUCUACACACGGCGCAGGCCAUUCCAUCCCCGUCGGCUCUGGGCUCUGGUGUAUGACAAGUUUAUCCUCCAACUAGAGCACCCAGAGGAUGAGGAGGAUGAAGAGGAAGAAGAAGAGGAAGAAGACGACGACGUCGUGAUGGUCGACCAUGAGGAUGCUGAUCAAGAAAUGGAUAACGACAGCAACCAUGGGUCUUCCUCUUCUCGUGGGAAUGCCGGAGGAUCGUCCCCUCGGAGCAGCCACUCCAACACAGAAACAGUCCAGACAAUCCCCUCGCCAACACUUCAGUCCAAGACGAUGCCUGAGAAGUCACAAGACAUUGAAUCAUUGGAUGAACUUUUCACGCCCGACAAUGAGGUGAUUCUCAAGAAUAAGCGCAAUCAUCCUGUUUUUGGCCGCCUCUUCCGCUCCAAGGGCGAGUUCCUCCUGGCCACCCGACCACACCGCGCCGGCGACUGGUCCCAAGCCGGCACCAUGUUGACCAUGACUGGUGGUCGUCCGUGGUUCUGCACCUUACCAGAGGAAGAGUAUACCACUGGAGAUGGCGAAGUGGACAAGCUCGUGCAGCACGAUAUCGAGCAGGGCGGCGAGUGGGGAGACCGUCGCCAAGAGCUGGUAUUCAUCGGAGAGCGACUAAACCACAAGGCAGUCGAGGCGCUUUUGGAUGAGUGUCUCUUGACGGACGAGGAGUUCGAAGAAUGGAAAAAGGUGAUGCGCAAUGGUGUCAUGAGCGAUUCAAAACGACAGGAGGUCCUGGAAGAGUUGUUCGAGGAUGGAUUUCCUGAUUGGCCGGAGGAAGACGAAGACCACGAAGGCCAUGAUCAUCCGCACUCGAAUGGGCUGCGAUCCAUCAAGCUGGAGCUGCAGGAAGUAGAUUGA